AUCGCUGAUCGCCGCAGUCAAGUACCGCUUAAUGCGCAAAUAAUUGUGAAUUUCCAUAAACGGGGUUGGCAAGAGUUCAGUAUAAAUAGUGCCUGGGCCAGCCAGGAGUUUCCAAAUCCAUCCAAAAACUUCAAGUGUUCAGAAUGCUGCGAAAAAUCUGCUUUUUCCUGAUCAGUUGUGUGGCCUUUGAGGCUGCCUUGGCUUGUAAUGGCUACAAGGCCAAGCUGGUGAAGAUGGAGAACUGUGCCGGUGAGGAUGCCAUCAUGACGGUGGGCAGCGACUUCAACAUCAAGCUGAACAAGAAAUGCGAGCUGGUGCCCUCGGGUUGCAUCAGCAAUAAGCCAUUUGGAACCGCCGUGGCCAAGUUCAAGGUCCAGAAGGAUGGCAUCGUGAUGAGGGAGGGCAAGAUCGACCUGUGCGCCGCCAUCGACCAGGCCACCACCGAGGCCAAGGACCUGCUCCGGCUCUUUGGGGCUCCCUCAUCCUGCCCAGUGGCCGAGGAGAAGGUCUGCGCCAACGAUCACACCGUGGACCUCAGCAAGUACAAGGCCAUGUUGGGCAUGGCCCGCGGUCACCUGAUCAUCGACUCGGAGGUCAAGCAUGACACUGGCAAGUCCUGCUUCCAUGCCGAAAUCGAGCUCACCAAGAACUAAGUGUGCAAAUACGUCCUGAUGAGGGUCUUAUGUUUAUAUUAUGAGUCUUGCAAAUCUUGUAGUUGUAAAUACAAAAGCAAUUCAAAUUGGUAAUGAGGUGCACACAAAAAAGUAAUAAACAAAAUAUACCGAA